AUGACCUUUCAUCGUUUGCCAAAUGAGUUGCUCCUAUCUGUCAUGAAAUACUUAACACUGCAGAAGGACACGAAUUCUUUCGCUCGAGCUAAUGUCCGUCUCUACAAUCUUCUCAACGCAUAUCUCUAUGGAUACAAUGUGGAGCAAAAUCAAAGCUCCGCUCUUCUGUGGGCUGCAAAGAACGGACAGGAGGACACAGCCAAGACAUCCAUAGCAGAAGGAGCCAAUAUUCGACUUGUUUCUGAAGCCGAUUGGACGCCGCUUUCAUGGGCGGCCUUUUAUGGGAACGAGACGGUCGUUAAGUUACUUCUCGUAACGGAUAGCGUCGAUCCAGAUUCUAGAAUUUUCAAAAAACAGACUCCGCUAUCGAUGGCGGCGUGGAACAGUCAUGGGGAGGUAGUAAAGCUACUUCUUGCAACACAGAGCGUUCAAUUAGACUCCAAAAUCUCAACGGAAGAGACCCCGCUAUCUUUAGCGGCAUACAGAGGACAUAAAGAGGUAGUCAAGAUGCUACUUGCGACUGGCGGCGUCGACCCAUGCGCUUAG